AUGGAUGAACAAGAGAGAACUUUAGGGGAAUUGGCUGCACCAUAUGUAAAUCAACAACCACUCUGCAUUACAUAUCCAGCUUUGGAAGUGGGUUUUGAGUUAAAAUCUGGAUUGAUCCAUUUGCUCCCAACUUUUCGUGGUCUUGAGAAUGAAGAUCCUUAUAAGCAUUUGAAGGAAUUCUAUGUGGUGUGUUCAAGCAUGAAACCGCAAGGAGUGACCGAAGAACAAAUCAAAUUACGUGCUUUUCCAUUCUCGCUGACUGAAAAAGCAAAGGAUUGGUUAUUUUAUUUGCCCCCUGGCUCUAUAACCACAUGGACGGAUGAUAAGAGCUUGAAAAUGCUGAGAUUGUUUCUUGAUAAAUUUUUCCCUGCAUCACGAGCUGCUGGUAUUAGAGGGGAUAUAUGUGGAAUUAAACAGAAAGAUACAGAGACCCUUCAUGAGUAUUGGGAAAGAUUUAAGCAACUCUGUGCAAGCUGUACACAACAUGGAAUUUCUGAAUAGCUCCUCAUUCAAUAUAUAUAAGAAGGACUCCUACCCAUGGAAAGGAAGAUGAUGGAUGCAGCGAGUGGAGGUGCCAUAGUGAACAAAACUCCUCGUGACACUAGAGAUUUGAUCUCCAUCAUGGCCGCUAACUCACAACAAUUUGGAUUCAGGCAGGAUACAUCUCCAAUAAGGGUGAAUGAGUUAGCUGUGGGAAAUAUGCAACAAGUGAAAACUUGUGGAAUUUGUGCUACCAUCGGUCAUCCAACUGACAUGUGCCCCACACUUCGAGAUGAUUCCUAUGAGUAUGCCAAUCCUAGACCACCUACUCCACCACCACAACAAACCUCCACAGGUUCAGAUAUGUCUCUAGAAGAAAUUGUUAAAUCACUUGCAACUAACAUGCAACAAUUUCAACAGGAGACAAGAACAAGCAUUCAGCAACUGGAGAAUCAAAUGAGUCAACUAGCAUCAUCUAUGAGCAGAUUGGAAUCUCAAGGUAAAUUGCCCUCACAAACUGUUGUUAACCCAAAACAAAAUGCUAGUGUAGUUACCUUGAGAAGCGGGAAGGAUUUGAAGGAACCUAGUAAGGCAACAGGUGGAGAAGAAAUGGAAAAAGAAGUAGUUGCUCCUCAACCUCAAACUGACCAGCCUAGAGGACUCGAUAGUGAACAACCAAAGGCAUUGGUGACAAAUCCUCCCCUUCCUACUAGAUUGACUAAAUCUAACAAAGAAGAGGAAGAGAAGGAAAUUCUUGAAACUUUUCGCAAGGUUGAGGUAAAUAUUCCCUUACUUGAUGCAAUCAAACAAGUGCCUCGAUAUGCUAAAUUUCUCAAGGAGUUGUGCACCAACAAGAGGAAGUUGAAAGGUAAUGAAAAGAUAAGUAUGGGGGAAAAUGUUUCAGCCCUCCUCUAGAAAAAAUUGCCUCUGAAAUGCAAAGACCUAGGUAUGUUUACUAUCCCUUGCAAACUAGGUGAUGUUAAGAUUGAGAAAGCAAUGCUAGAUCUAGUAGCUUCAAUAAAUGUCAUGCCUCUCUCUAUUUAUUCAUCUUUGAAUAUUGGUCCAUUAAAAGAAACAGGUGUGAUUAUUCAACUUGCUGAUAGAUCUAAUGUAUAUCUUGAAGGAGUCGUGAAGGAUGUCUUAGUACAAGUUAAUGGAUUGGUCUUUCCUGCUGAUUUUUAUGUUCUUGACAUGGAAGAAGAUGACUCUUCUAAUUCAACACUAAUGUUAUUAGGAAGGCCAUUUCUAAAAACAUCCAGGACAAAAAUUGAUGUGCAUGAUGGUACACUCACCAUGGAAUUUGAUGGUGAAAUUAUUAAAUUCAAUAUUUAUGACGCCAUGAGGUACCCUAAUGAUGUGUCUUCUGUUUUUGUUAUGGAUGUUAUUGACCCGUUGGUGCAGGAAAUCACCAACGAACAAAGGACAUUACAAUUGCAAGAGUUGAAGGAAAUCCGCAAUGAUGCCUAUGAAAGCUCGAGAAUAUAUAAAGAAAAGACUAAAGCCUUUCAUGAUCAACUGAUUUCUAGGAAAAAAAUUUCUAUUGGUCGGAAAGUUUUACUUUAUCACUCUAGACUGAAGUUAUUUCCUAGUAAAUUGCGUUCUAGAUGGGUAGGUCCUUUUAUUGUUACUAAAGCAUUUCCUCAUGGUGCAGUUGAAAUACAAAGUUCGGAUACAGGUAAAACUUUUAAGGUCAAUGGGAAUCGUUUGAAACCUUUUUAUGAAGGUUUUCAAGUGUAUAAUGUUGAUUAA